CUCACCCGACUUAAAUAUAAUUCAACUUUGAAUCUUCUUAUAGAAGUAUUCAGGGCAAGUUUGGAUAAAAAUUCCCAAAAACAUUCACCCCUAAAAUGGUCUCUUUCUUCAUCAUCAUCAGAGGUCAGGCAUGUCCGUGUCACUCACGUCUAAACAUAAGAAACAACGAAGCCGUUCUUUUGUUAACAUGGAAACAUCCAUAUCAACAUAGAAGACACAGCAAGAGCCACCACCACAAGUCACCAAGCAUAUAUUGCUUUCAAUUCAACCUCAUUUGUAAUAAAAUCUUACCUCGCCAUUUCUCUGAGCUGAUGAACUCACAAUGGAUGGAAACUAUCGCGGAAAAUUCGAAAUGCAUCCGGUUCUGAUUGGCCUGUUGGGCAUAAUCGCUGGCGCCAUGAUGGUGGCGACUUAUCAAUGCAUAAGUUUUGGUUGUUGCUAUUAUUACCGGCGAGCACAAAAUCAGCAAAAUACGAACCAAAGUAGGCAAAAUCAUCAGCAAGAAAGACCUACUGUCACCAGCAGAUCGGCGAUUAGACUAAUGCCGGUGGUUAAAUAUAGCAAAGAGUGCAACGAAGAAACGUGCUGUGUGUGUUUGUGCGAGUUCAAGGAAGGUGAGCAAAUCAGAGUAUUGCCAGAAUGCUUCCAUUUGUUUCAUGUGGUCUGCAUUGAUAUGUGGCUCAGCUCGCAUUCCAACUGCCCUCUCUGUCGAGCUGACACGAGGCCGCGGCCGCCGCAUGUGGUGGUGUCCCUUCCAGAUUCUGACGGUAUCCCGGCGCCAGAUCAGGUCCUCACGACACCAUAUUCUGGUAUGUAAAUUGUUUUUUCAAUGGCGUUAUUUUGCACUUUGCCAGUUCUUUGAAUUGUGAAAGUACAGAUCUAGCCAUAGGUGGUUUUUCUGCUAUGCCAGUCUUUUGCUUUCUGGUUUUUUAUGCAACUGUAAUUGACAGGAUAUUUCAACUAACAAUGCCACGUGUAUAUAAUUUUUUUAUA